AUGGCCGAAUCUAGCCACCUCAAGAGCGAGGCUCGACGGAGCGAAGAGGGCCACGGCCUCCUCAACGGCGAUGAGAAGCGAAUCGAGGAGAGCUACGAUCUCGAGGCCAACAGCAAUCCUGCCACCGAACAACAGGCCAACGCCGACAGAGUCCGCAAUCCCGUCGAGUAUACCAUCUCACCACAGGUCAAGUUUGGCUGGUUGAGCGCCUAUUUCAUGUUCAGCUUGGUUUUGACCCUCUACAACAAGUUGAUCCUCGGAGCGUUCCCCUUUCCGUGGCUUCUCACCUCGCUCCAUGCCACGUGCGCGAGUUUGGGUUGCUACUGCUUGCUCCAAUGUGGCUACUUCACCAUGUCCCAUCUGGGACGCCGCGAAAACAUCAUCCUCCUCAGCUUCAGCUUGCUCUUCACGACCAAUAUUGCCGUCUCGAACCUGUCACUUGCCAUGGUCUCCGUACCAUUCUACCAGGUCCUGCGAACUACCGUCCCCGUCUUCACGGUUCUCAUCUACCGCGUUGUCUUUGGUCGUACCUAUGAGAACAUGACUUAUCUCACGCUGGUUCCCAUCAUGAUUGGUGCUGCUCUGACCACGAUUGGAGAGUAUACUUUCACCGACCUGGGUUUCCUGCUCACCUUUGCGGGCGUGGUGCUUGCCGCGGUCAAGACCGUUGCUACCAACCGCAUUAUGACCGGCCCCCUCGCUCUUCCUGCCAUGGAGGUGCUGCUGCGCAUGUCGCCCUUUGCGGCUAUGCAGUCUUUGGCCUGCGCCAUCGCCGCCGGCGAGCUCGGAAACCUCAACACCAUGCGUGUUGAAGGUAACAUCAGCCUCGCCACCCUUGUCGCUCUUCUCGGCAACGGCAUUCUCGCUUUUGCCCUCAAUGUUGCGUCUUUCCAGACAAACAAGGUUGCUGGUGCUCUGACGAUGAGCAUUUGCGGCAACCUUAAGCAGUGCCUGACGGUUGGCCUCGGCAUCAUUGCUUUCGGCGUCGAGGUCCACCUCUUCAACGGCUCCGGCAUGAUCCUCACCAUGAUUGGCGCCGCGUGGUAUAGCAAGGUCGAGCUCGACCGCAGAGCCCGCAAAUAA